GUAAAGACCACCAAUGGACAUAAAAAUACCCUUGGGUGUACGGUGCAACUAAUAAUUUUCAGACAACGUUAGCGAAAACAAUAAUGACCGACAACUAACGUUAGCAAAAAUCAAACUGAGUAGUUGGUAGUUGACAAAGAGUAUGUAAUGCAGGAAAUUCAACUUAAACAAAAUUAUGCACUUGAUGUUUGAUUGAGAAAUCCUAAUAUGUUCAUACUAUAAAAUUUCGCAAAAGUUGUUCCCAUUAUCACCACCACAACCAAAAUAACGCGAAAAAUACUGCAGUAUAAUUACCUACUUCACAAUAGCAAUCUAUCCAUAUAAGAAAAAUGAAGUCGAAAUUGCAAGUAAUAACAGAAAGAGCCAAGCUGCAGGAAAAUGAUGAAGCAGAACCUGUAUCGCCUACCGGACAAUACUUCAACAGCAAAGCAUUAUCAGUCUGCAUCCUUGCAAUUCUGGAAACUGAAGUUCCCUUUGAUGAUUCAUGUGCUGUCACACAACUUCGAGACGUUUUCCUUCCCAUCAACCCCAGAUUUUCAUCAAUCAUGAUAACUGACAACACUGGAGUAAGACAAUGGAAAAGGGUAGAAGUGAACCUUCAAGAUCAUAUUAACGUUCCCAGUUUCCCAGAAGACCUAUCAACUGAAUCAUACGAUGAAUUCUUCGACGAAUAUCUGACAAAAAUCAGCGCACAUCCACUGCCACAAGAAAGGCCAUUAUGGGAACUUCACAUAGUCAACUGCCCAACAAGCAAAGCAGCUGGACAUGUAAUCUUCAAGCUUCACCAUGCACUUGGUGACGGAUACUCUCUAAUGGGAGCACUUCUUUCCUGUGUGAAAAGAGCUGAUGAUCCUUCUCUUCCGUUAACAUUCCCUUCAACUAGAUCAAGCUCUAAGUUUAAGAGCAAGAACUCCAUGGAUGUUAUAAGCUUGCUCCCACAAACUGUAUCUGCAAUCUUCAAAGGAGUUUAUGAUUUUGGGUGGAGUUUCCUGAAAAGCACUUGUAAUGCAGAUGAUAAGACACCCAUCAGGUCUGGAAAGAGUCUGGGUUUCCAACCAACCAAAAUCUCUACUAUAGAGUUAUCCCUGGAUCAAAUUAAAGAAAUCAAAGCAAGAUUAGGCACUACAAUAAAUGACAUUCUUGCAGGGAUAAUUUUCCUCGGGGUUCGAAGCUACAUGCAAGCAACAGACACAGAAUCCAGCAGUUUACAAUCUACAGCAUUGGUGCUGCUCAACACUAGGAACACCAGAAGUUAUAUGUCAAUUGAAGAAAUGGAAAAGGCACAUACCAAAAUGUGGGGGAACCAAUUUGCAUUUUUGCAUGUAGCGAUGCCUGAAUUAGUCGAUGAUAAAUACUCCAACCCCCUUGAUUUCAUCUACGAAGCACAGAAACAGAUCACGAGGCUCAGGAAUUCACCAGCACUCUAUCUCACAGCUCAGUGCCUAGAGAUUGUAAGGAAAUGCAGAGGACCUGAGUCAGCAGCUGAAGUUAUCUACAAUACAAUGAACAAAUCAAGCUUCGGAAUGUCAAACAUGAUAGGUCCACUUGAACAAGUGACCUUAGCUAAUCAUCCAGUCAAAGGCAUAUACUUCAUGGUUUGUGGCACUCCUAAGAGCCUAGUAAUAACAAUUAUGAGUUACAUGCAAACUGUGAGGAUUGGAGUAGGAGUUGAAAAGGGAUUCAUAGACUCACAAAAGUUGACCUCAUGCAUCGAGAAUGCUUUUGAUUUGACAUACAAAGCAGCCACAACGAACCAUUAAAAAGAUUUCAGACAACAGAAAGUUUCUCCUCAGGUGGAUGUCGGUUUAUCUCAGAUUAUGACAUUUCAGUUAGCUCUAGCCUUUCAUUUCUUUGAUCAGUUCAGUCAGCAGAUACUAUUCCUAUUCUAGUACAAGCAAAAGAAAAUGGUUCUAUGUCUA